AUGCUGCUCCUCACCUUCCGAACAGCGGGUAUAGGAACAACAACUUGCAUUGAUCAGCGCUUCGGAAAUCUUGAAAUCUCGACCGUUACUUCCAAAUUUCCUUGGCUAGGCUUGCAGAUAGCCCCAGUUGUGUGUGUGUACCUGUCGAUCCCUGACGGAGGGCUCAAGUUGUCAGCUGGCCCGUUUGUAGAUCGAAUUGCCAAGAGCCGCAGGCAAUAUCGAAUCAACAUUGUGACUUGGCUACAAUGCGAUGUACCAGAUGGUCCAUACAUCUCUCUUUCGCUUGUCCCAGGUACAGUUGAGACCACCUCAACGUUAUCGGGGCCGGUCUGUGGUACGAGUGUUUUCCGACCGCACGAAUGUGAUGGUCACCAGCGCGGGUUUCUCGAUGCCCUGGCAGGUUUCAAUAAGAUCAUACUCCAAACUCCAUCAGUCGUCAUCGGUCUUCCAUCAUCAGGCUGUCGUGUCCCGGAGUUGGCGCGUCUCUCUCCGCUUGUUCGUCUCGAGAUGUUGAAUAGGCAUGUUGAUGCUCCCCUGCUCGAACACCGCCAAGACUUUUGGGACGUCGCUCUCGGGGAUGCUGCCAUUACUUAUUGCACCUCGCUUAUUGCAAUCCUGCUGACAAAACUUCGAAGUGAACCACUGCGUGCGCGUUCGAGUACGAGAAACGUUACCGAAUUCUGGGGAUGCAAGCAGCUCGUACCGCACAUCCGACGUUUGGUGCCGCAGUAA